AUGGCGUCCAAGAACCCUGGCGUCACUCUGGCUGACCCGACCCUGAUACCGCCAGGGGCUCUGGAUGCGUCGGUGAAGACACCCGCACAUGGAGCCCCUGACCCCGUGGAAGGAAGCCCUGAUGCCGUCCAGAAGAAUGAGACCGUUGAUUCUGAGACGAUAGCUGAUGCUGAGCCUACUGCGGCACCUCUGCCUCUACCAGAGCCGACUCCGGUUGCGUCGACCAAACCUAGUGACCACCCAGAUUUGAACCUGUCGGGGAGGAUAAUAAGCGCAGCAUUCUGUAUUCCUUACAAGCUGCAGAUUCACCAGGACGGAGAAUGGGAACUUAAACAUCGUCAAGGGACUGCUGCGCUGUUUGACUCGUUUGCCAUCCUAGCGUCCCCUGAGUCGCAUUGGUCUCAUACUCUCGUUGGUUGGACUGGCGAAAUAGAGCAGCAAUCGCCUUCUGAAGCUCUGUCUCAACACCUUCAAAAUGGCAAGACCGUUCCCCCGGCUAACAAGGCCUGGGGCCCGAUUCCGGUCAACCCAUCCCAGAAGAUACAGCAGCCGCCUGUGGACGGCGUUUGUGUGACCGUCGACGACCGUCGCCGACUUGAGAGCCAGGUCUCGUCAAGCAAGUUCGGCCACAUCCUACCGGUCUGGCUGAGUGAUGAACUGGAGGCUCCGAACCAGGAAAUGCAUCUAAAGGACCAGAGUCGCUGGCGCCGUUAUGCUGAACGAGAGAUAUACACUCUCUUCCACUAUAAGCAACAUGGUCCGACAGAUGGGCGAUCUGAAAGGCAAUGGUGGCGAGACUAUCAGCGCCUCAAUAGCAUGUUCGCAGACCGUAUUCUAGAGACCUACAAACCGGGAGACAUUGUCUGGAUCCAUGAUUACCAUCUACUCUUGCUUCCAAACAUCCUUCGCCAAAGAGUCCCCAACAUCUACAUUGGCUUCUUUCUCCAUGUUCCUUUCCCGAGCAGCGAAUUCUUACGUUGCCUUUCCAAGAGAAAGGACGUCCUUACAGGUGUCCUUGGGGCGAACAUGGUCGGGUUUCAAUCCAACACUUAUUCUCGUCACUUUACUUCUUGCUGCACGCGCAUUCUAGGCUUUGGUUCGACAAAGGACGGCAUCGAUGCUUACGGAGCCCAUGUGGCAGUUGACGUUUUCCCAAUUGGCAUUGACGUCCAGUCAGUUCGAAAGCUAGCUUACGGUGACCCAAAUAUUGAAAACACAAUUACCAACAUCAAGAAGAUAUACCAGGGCAAGAAGAUCAUUGUUGGCCGUGAUCGAUUGGACUCGGUUCGAGGAGUGACACAGAAAUUGAUGGCUUUUGAGAUGUUCUUGGAACGGUAUCCACAGUGGCGCGGUGAGGUGGUUCUCAUACAGGUUACCAGUCCGACAAGCAUGGAAGAAGAGAAGGAAGAGCCCGACAAUAAACUCUCUACCCAGAUAUCCCAGUUGGUCUCGAACAUAAAUGGACGCUUCGGCUCGAUCAGCUUCUCUCCCGUCCAAUACUACCCACAAUACCUCCCACGGCAUGAAUACUUUGCUCUCCUCCGGGCCGCAAACGUAGGCUUAAUCACCAGCGUACGUGAUGGCAUGAACACUACCAGCCUUGAAUACGUAGUCUGCCAACACGCCAACAAAGGCCCCCUUAUCCUCUCUGAAUUCUCCGGUACGGCAGGGAGCCUUGAGGAUGCCAUUCACAUCAAUCCUUGGGAUCUCACUGGAGUUGCGACUGCCAUCAAUGAAGCGCUGACUAUGGCCCCUGAGGCCAAGGCGAAGCAGCAGUCUGCCCUCUACCAGCAUGUUACCACUCACACAGUCGUCGAAUGGUAUGAUGAAUACCUCAAGCGACUUCUUGCCAAUCUCUCUUCUUUCAACCAGUCCAUGACCACGCCAGCUCUUGACAGACAUAAACUUAUCGCCCAGUACCGUUCAGCGCGUCGUCGGCUGUUCAUGUUUGAUUACGAUGGCACCCUGACGCCCAUCGUCAAAGACCCACAGGCUGCCAUCCCCUCAGACAAAGUCUUGCGAACCCUCAAAUCCCUCGCGGCCGAUCCCAAGAACGCCGUCUGGAUUAUAUCCGGUCGCGACCAAAAUUUCCUGGAGGAAUGGAUGGGCCACAUUACCGAACUUGGCCUCAGCGCUGAGCACGGGUGCUUCAUCCGUAAGCCACGCAGCGAAGAAUGGACGAACCUUGCUGAAAAGGCAAACAUGGGCUGGCAGAAGGAAGUUCUCGACAUCUUCCAGUACUACACCGAGCGUACCCCCGGUGCCUUUAUUGAACGGAAACGAGUAGCGUUGACGUGGCAUUAUCGGCCUGUCGAUCCGGAGUAUGGCGCACAUCAGGCAAAGGAAUGCAGGGCUGAGCUAGAACGGGAAGUGGCAACGAAAUGGCCUGUAGACAUUAUGGAAGGCAAAGCAAACCUGGAAGUUCGACCAACGUUCGUGAAUAAGGGAGCAAUUGCGACAAGGCUGAUCGAUGAAUAUGCGGGUGUCCACGGGCACGAGCCUGAAUUCGUGCUCUGCCUGGGAGAUGAUUUUACUGAUGAAGAUAUGUUCCGAGCUCUGAAAUCGUCCGAUCUGCCCCUUGACCAUGUUUUCUCCGUUACCGUCGGCGCCAGCUCGAAGCAGACGCUAGCCAGCUGGCAUCUUCGUGAGCCCGCCGAUGUGAUUGCGACGGUCUCGUUGCUCAAUAACAGUAAAUCAGCAAUUCUAAAUGACACAACACCAGCAUCAUAG